AUUGUAUUUUGGCUGAAGUCUGGCCCAUUCGGCCAUUAAAUUCUUCCUGUCCUCUGAGACAAUGUAUAUGACAACAAAUCAACGAACCUAACUAUUCACUAUUCUGAGCUCCGAUUGUGUACCCUUACUCGACUGGCACUGCCCAUAACGCAGACCUACAAAGCAAUGGCUACAACCGGCCUUGUCCUUAGCCCUGCCAUCGGGCGUCCUCGCGGUCACUAUUCCGAUGCAUAUGGCAAGCAUGCGAUGCUGCAUAGCUCCCAGCCCACAAACCCAGAGAUGAUGGAGACCGGUCACAUUGCCCCCGCGCCAUUGCAUUCAUUUCAGUUCCCAUUUCCGUCGCACAUGGAACAGUAUUUGGUGUCACCAGCAGACUUCAUCCGGCAAAGUCAUGGCAGGGUUCACAGAGUAGUCGCCGGCACCAUCGUCAUGCACAACAUAUCUGGAACCACAAAAGUGCUGCUCAUGCAACGCAGCAGCCAUGACUACAUGGGCUCGCGAUGGGAGGUGCCCGGAGGGUCGUGCGACGAGGACGACCAGAGCAUCGUCGGCGCAGCCGCUCGCGAGCUACAAGAGGAGGCAGGGCUACAGAUUGCGAAGGUGCUUGACAUCGUCGAGGAUGAUCACGAAUGGAUCGACCAUGACAAGGUCUGGCGCAAAAUGACGUUUCUGGUUGAAGCUGUUGCGUCGGUCGCGGCUGUGGAUUCUACUGGCACAGCCAAGUUGGACUACAAUAUUACAACCCUCGAACGUGGCGAUGAAGAGCACUCCCUAACAGGUGCGAAUGACGAGACGCACAUUCUCGACAACAACCACAGUCCCUCCGAUCCGAUCCACAGAACGAACGGCACCAGGGAGGCGCCCACAAACGAUCGGCCUCAGGUCACGCUUGACCCGAAUGAGCAUGAGGAUUACGUCUGGGCAUCCGAGGCCGAAGUCCAAGCGGGAACAUGUGAAGGAAGAUCUCUGGAUUGGACAACGCCGGAGCAGAAGGCAGCAGUACUGCGGGCAUUCACGAUGGUGAAUGCUUGUGCCGAGAAGCAUGCCCAGGCAUGAAGGAUGAGGAUGAACGUAUAUUCCCUUCCGGCAAUUUCCUUCACCCAGUGGCUCCCCGCCCACCUCCCCUCAGCUCCGUUUCGCUUUGGCUCAACUUACUCGAUCGAGAUAGACCAACCAGGCGUGCUGCUUGCUGCCAACUCUUCAGCAAACCCUCUCCGGUGUAUCGAGAGGGGCAAAAAUAUAUUCUUGCAUAGAGUGAGUCAUAAGAUCGCUUCGCAGCGACCAUGUUAGCCCAGCAUAUACUAGACUUGCAUAUAACCUUGUCUCCACACAUCGAGGCAAGAGGGGAAGCUCGAACAAUCACUAAACCUUCAUUGUUGCAUUCACAAAGCGCGUAAGAUUAUU